GGAAGGAGCACCAACGCUUGAGAGAAAGCUCUGCAUUUAAAACGCCCAGAGAAGAAUCAGCAACUACCGUACCUCGUUUUUUCUUUCAUCUUCCUCCUAUUUUCCUGACCAGUACAGCGUUGUCAUGAGGAAUGCACAGGUUGCCUGGGAUCGUUGACUGCCAAUAAGUGAAUAUUCUUUCAGCACUUCCCUCCAAUACAAGCAGUUUUUUCGCGUGCGAUUUUUUGGGGGAUACCGUUUGGAUCCUAGGCUAAAAUAAAUCAGAUCCACGUUUGCCCGCCUGCAUGUUGUCAGCAAGAUUAUUGCGUUGGCUAUGUAGUGUAAUGUAGACCGGUAUCUGCAUAGUGUUAAUCUCUGUGUUCUGCUACCUUCAUAAGUGGAUUGCACAUCACCAGUCAACGAUUUCUUCCUCCUCCGACCUCGGGUGCUGUGGAUUCGGAGGAAACAUGGGACUGCCUGCUCUGGAGUUUAGUGAUUGCUAUCUGGACAGUCCACAGUUCAGAGACAGAUUAAAAUCUCACGAACUGGAACUGGACAAGACCAACAAAUUCAUCAAAGAACUAAUCAAAGAUGGGAAGGCGCUCAUCCAAGCGUUGAAAAAUCUGUCCACGGCCAAGAGGAAAUUUGCAGAGUCUCUCAACGAGUUUAAGUUCCAGUGUAUAGGAGAUGCAGAAACGGAUGACGAGAUAUGUAUUGCAAAGUCUCUCCAGGAGUUUGCUGGAGUGCUGCAGAACCUGGAGGAUGAGAGGACACGGAUGAUUGAAAAUGCCAAUGAUGUGCUGAUCAUGCCGCUGGAGCGCUUCAGAAAGGAGCAGAUCAGUGCUGCCAAGGAAGCCAAGAAGAAAUAUGACAAAGAGACGGAGAAGUACUGUGCUGUACUGGAGAAGCACCUGAGUCUAUCAGCAAAGAAGAAAGAAGCACAUCUCCAUGAAGCAGACAGUCAGGUGGACCACGUGCGGCAGCAUUUCUAUGAGGUGUCUCUGGAAUAUGUGUUCAAGGUGCAGGAAGUCCAGGAGAGGAAGAUGUUUGACUUCGUAGAGCCGUUGCUGGCAUUCCUUCAAGGGCUGUUUACUUACUACCAUCAUGGGUACGAGCUGGCCAAAGACUUCAACCACUUCAAGACAGACCUCACCAUCAGCAUUCAGAAUACGCGGAACCGUUUUGAAAGCACCCGGUCUGAGGUGGAGUGUCUGAUGAGGAAGAUGAAGGAGAACCAUGAACACAAGAGCAUCAGCCAUGACACCAUGGAGGGAUAUCUGUUUGUACAGGAGAAACGUUCUUUUGUGUCAACCUGGGUCAAGUACUACUGCACCUACCAUCGAGAGCCCAAACGAGUCACCAUGGUCCUGUUUGACCAGAAGUCUGGAGGCAAAGUGGGAGAGGAGGAGAGCUUCACUCUGAAGUCCUGCACAAGGCGGAAGACGGACUCUAUAGAGAAGAGGUUCUGUUUUGAUGUGGAGGGCGUAGACCGGUCGGGGGUGAUCACCAUGCAGGCUCUAUCGGAGGAAGACCGCAGGCUCUGGAUGGAGGCUAUGGAUGGGAGAGAACCGGUCUAUAACUUAAACAGAGACAGCCAAAGUGAAGGCAUGGUCCAGCUAGACGUGGUUGGCUUCAACGUGGUGAAGAAGUUCAUCUAUGCUGUGGAGACCAGAGGCAUCGAUGAGCAGGGUCUGUACAGGAUUGUUGGGGUGAACUCCAGAGUACAGAAACUACUGGGUCUUGCCAUGGAUCCUAAAACCUGUGCUGACGUGGAGCUGGACAGUACAGAAUGGGAGAUCAAGACCAUCACCAGUGCAAUCAAGUUUUACCUCAGAAUGCUGCCUGCACCCCUCAUGACUUAUCAGUAUCAAAGGAGCUUCAUCAAGGCAGCCAAACGUGACAAUCAGGAGGCGAGGAUCACAGAGAUCCAUAGCAUCGUCCACUGGCUCCCAGAGAAGAACCGGCAGAUGCUGGACCUGCUUACGAAACACUUGGCAAAUGUGGCCAAUCACCACCAGCAGAACCUGAUGACUGUGGCUAACCUGGGGGUGGUGUUUGGCCCAACUCUGCUGAGGCCGCAGGAAGAGACUGUGGCAGCCAUCAUGGACAUCAAGUUCCAGAACAUCGUGGUGGAGAUCCUCAUCGAGAACCACGAGAGGAUAUUCAAUGACAUGCCAGUUCCGGGAGGUGGCCCGGCCAAUCUACAGCUCAACCUGCAGCCGCGGAGGAGGAGCACGGAGAGCAAGGCCCCGUCCUGCAGCGAGAGACCCCUCACCCUCUUCCACACACCCACACACUCCCAGAAAGUGGAGGAGAGGAACAGUGGGGUAGUGAACUCUACUCCAGAGCUCCAGCAGCCGCAGCCAGCCCAGGCCAAGGCUCCCCACAACAACCCUUCAGCCAACCCCUCCUCCUCCUCAGCAGCGGUCAACCAUAACAGCAGUGGCAGCCACGGCCACAGCUGGACCCCACGCAACAGCCUGACCAGCACUGACAGGGACCAGGACAGGGGCCUGACUGCCAGGCAGAACUUACAGAGCCGCCCAAACUCACUGCUGAACCCAAAGAGCCGCACCAGUAUCCCAACGAGCCCAGCCUCACCCAGCCCCACCUCACCACGUUCCCCCUCCUGGCCGAUGUUCUCCGCACCCUCCAGCCCCCAGCCAGCCUCCUCCACCUCCAGUGACUCCUCCCCCAUCAGCGUCCCAGGCAGGCAGGCUAGGGCCCUCUACGCCUGCAAAGCCGAGCACCACUCUGAGCUUUCAUUCAUCGCAGGGACCACCUUUGAAAAUGUUCAUUCCUCCAGGGAGCCAGGCUGGCUGGAAGGCACCCUGGACGGCAGGACGGGCCUGAUACCGGAGAACUAUGUGGAGUUUGUGUAGUCCUGGAUCAGGACUGAACUGGAGAGACCACGCAGCUGCACUGUUUCCCUGCAGCUUAUUGGAAGUCCGGAGCACAGUGUACUCCCUGCUGUGCAUGGUCAUGAAUCUGGAAUUCAGCAGCAGACUCUGUGUGUGUGUGUGUGUGUGUGUGUGUGUGUGUGUGUGUGUGUGUGUGUGUGUGUGUGUGUGUGUGUGUGUGUGUGUGUGUGUGUGUGUGUGUGUGUGUGUGUGUGUGUGUGUGUGUGUGUGUGUGUGUGUGUGUGUGUGUGUGUGUGUGUGUGUGUGUGUGUGUGUGUGUGUGUGUGUGUGUGUGUGUGUGUGUGUGUGUGUGUGUUUUUCAUUGUUGCUACAAAAGCUCAUUCCCCUGUUCAGACAGUCCUUAGUUCAUUGAAUUGCACUGCCACUGCUUUUAGUAUCUUCUAUCAUCAGUUGUUGGAACUUAGGAAUAUGUUUCCAUUUUGGGGUGGGAAAAAAGUAAUUGGUCUGAGGUUUGGACUGCUGUCCAACUUCUCUUCCUGUGUACUGUCUGUAGGAACAGGGCGGCUGGUAGCCUUGCGGUUAAGAGCGUUGGCCCAGUAACCCAAAUGGUCGUUGGUUUGAAUCCACAAUCUGACUAGAUGAAAAGUCUGUUGUGCCCUUGAGCAAGGCACUUAACCCUAAUCACUCUGGAGCGUCUGCUAAAAUGUCAAAUGUCACAAUGAAUGGAGUUGACUGUGUGGGGGGCUUUCAUCUCUAAAUGAUAGGGGGGUAUUUUUCAGCGAGUAUCGCUAUAAAUGUGAGCGCCUUGCCAUGGCAAGCCGGUAUUCCCCUAGACAAAAUAGACCACAGCUGCUGUUGUACCAAACAGUACAGCGGUGGGAGCAUAUAUUAACUCCCGGUUACACACAUUUAAUAGCUUUUUUUAUAAAAAAAAUAUGGAACUACUGGGUGAAAUUGUCUCAAAAAACCUAGAAAGUUAACUGAACUGUUUUCAUUAACUGAUUUUUUUCUUCUUAACAGGUAGAGUGUAAAAAAUGUUUUAAUGUGAAACUAGUCCACUUUUGUUAUUUAUAUACAUUUUCAAAGCUGAGAUCUGAACUGUAUUCUUUUAGAGUGUAUUAACAUUGUAAAUACAUUUGAUAAGGUAUCAUUUUCUAAGUAUCACAUUUUGUAUUGUAGCAUAUUAACUGAUUUGUUCUUUAGCAUCUUAGUUGCUACAUUUUUUGUGUCAUUGAUUUCCUGUCCAUUGGGAGCCUGAAUAUUCUUUCUGAUCAAAUGAAUCAUGAACAAGGUUGUAUAGAAGAUAAUCUAUUAAAGACCAACAUUGAACUCGCA